CAAUUUACCCCGUCGAUACAUUUUGACCGUUGAGGAGGUGAAGAGAGAAGGGGGAAAAACGUAAAGUCGGCGAUGGUUGUUGCCAUCUGAAGUGACGAAGAUGUUUUACUCACAGUGUAUGCUCUCCAGCAAUGGGCCGUUGAACACCCUGUGGGUAGCUGCCCACCUUCAGAGGAAGCUGAAGAAGGCCCAGGUCUUGCAUACUGACAUACCUUCUUCCGUAGAUUACAUCAUUAAGGAUCCGAUUGAGGUUCCUAUUGCAUUGAGAAUAUCUGGUUACCUUCUGGUGGGAGUUGCUAGAAUAUACUCAAAGAAGGUUGACUACCUAUAUGAUGAUUGUAAUGAGAUACUGGCCAAAUUGAGGAAUUCUUGGGCUUCUAUCAGGGUCAGCUUGCCUGAACAGACUAGUGUUGCACCCUUUCAUUGUAUAACCUUACCUGAUAAAUUUGAGUUGGAUGCUUUAGAUCUCGAGGAGCUAGGGUAUAGAACGGAAGAGCCAACUAAUCAACAUGUCAAAGCUUAUGAACGUAUUACUUUUGAAGAUGAACAGGAGCGGCAAGAAAACCUUGAAGUGGACAUGGAUUAUCAAAUGGGUGCAGCUGCACAUUCUGUUCCUGCAGAUAAAUUGCCUCCAGAAGAUGAGGUCCUUCCUCCCCAUCCAAUUGAUACGGACUUUGAUAUGGAUGGAUUUGAUGCAUAUGACUAUGAAACAGUGAGAGGAAAAUUUCGAGAAAAUCACAUGUAUGAAGAAAAUGAACCUGCAAUACUGGAAAUUCAUGAACCUUCAGAUUCUCAUUGUCGCUCCGUGAGAUUUGAAGAUCAGUCUGCAUCUGUUGUUAAAUGUAGUCAUGAGGAACAUAAGAAGCUGAGUAAGCUGACAAGCUUUGACACAGAAGAAGUUCUGGUUCCUGCCAAGGACUACACCUUGCUUCCAAGCACUGUAUCUGAAAGUCCCCACAAGGUUCCUGAUUCCUCAGUGUUGCUGCCCUCAAAUGAUGGUGAUUUUCCAGAGUUUAUGCCUGUUCCUACUCCUAAGAAGGAAGAGCAAAAUUGGAAAUCAAGAAAAAGAAAAGUUCCACUUAGGAAACCGAAGGGAACAGUACCACUGUUUGAUGAAAAUAUCAUCUUGCCAAAUGAGGUAAUGAGGCACAGAUUGCAUGAUACUAGCAGCAUUUUACGUUGCCGAAGGACAGUUCCAUUUGCAGGUUUGGAUGUUUGGGGGGCCUCCAGAAUUUCAUCAAUACAAGAGAUGUUUCUAAAACCCUUUACUUCUUGUGUGUCACCGGAGCUUAGAGAACUUCUGAUGAAAAACCUUGUGAAGCCCAAGACAAUGGCUCAACUCUUAGAGCCCUUGGAAAUGGAUGAAGCUAAUGGUGCUGCAUCAAGGUUUAAUGGAACCCCCAUAGCAGAGGAGUAUUUUGCCUCAGUUGCUGAGCAAAAUCAGCCAGAUAUGCCAGCAAAGAAGCGUCUUAGACCAAGGCAACUGAUACUGCCAGAUGAUAAACCAGAUACUGUGCAAGCUGAUGUGCAAAAUAUGGAAAAUGAACAGGGAACAUUAUCUGAGCCAACGCUUGAUUUUAACCUGUUGGGUGACGAUUCGGACCUUGUUACUGCAGAUGCUGGAUCUGGAAGUGCUUUUGUUGGCUUUAAUCACUGGCCCAUAAGGACCAAGGUAGUGACACAAUUUCUUAGGAAUGUAUGGGAGGGUGGGAAAUUGCAAAACCAAGAUAAAGUUCUCAACAUGGCUGACAUUCUCAAAGGGAAAACAAGAAAGGAAUGUGCUCGAUUUUUCAUGGAGAUAUUGGUUUUGAAGUCACAAGAUUUUGUAGAUGUCAAGCAAGAUUCACCUUAUGCUGAUAUCCAUCUAACACCGUUGCCAAAAUUGAGCAAGCUACGUAUCUUAAAUGGGAGUUAAGUGUUGGCCAUAGGAUGGCUUUUCAGAAAGAAAGGUUUGUAGGUUCGAAAAGCUGUACUUACUGCUUUCUCCCACUGAUUACCAUGUAGACUGAAAGAAAGAAGGUCGUGUACAGAUGGUGUAUAGCAAUACUUGGCUGACCUGAAUGCAGAUCUAACCUGUACUCUGCCGAAAAAGGUGCUGGACUUUAGUGAAUUGAUAUUUGCAAAACAAGUGUAAUUUCUGUCCUCAUCUUUCAUUUUGGUUUGAGUCAUGUAAAUAGACUGAUCAGCUUUUAGUUGUGAACGCUGAGUCCGAAGUUGUUGAUAGUUGGAAUGACAAGCACCCGUGUUGGAAGGUUGAAAGAUUUUCACGUCAUAUUUUGCUUUCAUUUUGCAUUUCCAAGUAUUUGAUGCUGAUGCAUCUGUUCCUAGACUGCAAAAGAAGCGUGCUUGUGGAAUAAUUGGUUGAUUAAUUAUCACCUUAACCUGUACUCUGCCGAAAAAGGUGCUGGACUUUAGUGAAUUGAUAUUUGCAAAACAAGUGUAAUUUCUGUCCUCAUCUUUCAUUUUGGUUUGAGUCAUGUAAAUAGACUGAUCAGCUUUUAGUUGUGAACGCUGAGUCCGAAGUUGUUGAUAGUUGGAAUGACAAGCACCCGUGUUGGAAGGUUGAAAGAUUUUCACGUCAUAUUUUGCUUUCA